AUGACUGGGCCAGUAAAAGAAAAUAUUGAGCUUCAGAUGUCGGAACUAGAAAUGCUUUUUUCCAUGUUCCCUAAUAAAGGAGAAAUUACCCUUCACGAUGAUAGAACUUUUCAUGAUGUUCAGCAGUACUUGAGCAAUGCUAGUGAAGCCCUGCCGCGUAAGAUUGAAUAUACGGUUGCUGUGGCCAUUGGUGAAUCAAAGGAGAGAAUAAAUUUGCAGGUAAUUCCUUAUGACUAUCCUCAGGCAACACCACAGCUUUUUGCAAGAUCAGAUGCUCUAGAUAGGCAGCAGCAAUUGCAGCUCAAUAAGGAUCUUGCUUCUUACAUUGCUUCUUUGGAGUCAGGUGAACUCUUCAUAUGGACAGCUGUGCAGUGGCUGCAAGAGAACAGUUCACCCUAUUUAGAAAAUAGCAAAUUCUCCUCCGCAAGAGAAUCAGAAGAAAAAGUAGUUAAAACUUUGUUUAAUCGAAUGUGGAUUUACAGCCAUCACAUAUACAGGCAAGAACUCAGGAAAAAGAUCUUUGACUGUGCAAAGAAAUUUAAUCUGACCGGUUUCUGUUUAACUGGAAAACCUGGGAUCAUUUGUGUGGAAGGCAUCAAAGAAAACUGUGAAGAAUUUUGGCAUGUUAUUAGGUACCCCAACUGGAAACACAUUUCCUGCAAGCAUAUUGACAGUGCAGAGACUGAAGGAAAUGAAGAUCACCUACGUCGCUUUCGUAGUUUUGAAGAUUUACAGUUUCAAGCACAUAGUGAUUAUGGACUGAGGAAUGACUAUCACAUGGAUCUUGGUCAGUUCCUAGAAUUCCUGAAGGAGCAUCAGAGUGAAUAUAUAUUUCAGAUCUUGUUUGGCAUUCAAAGCAAAUCUUCUGAUAAUAAAUAA